ACCUGUAGGGGAAAGAAAAAAUAAAGAAAAUGUCGCACAUACAAAAAAAAGGUAAACACUAACCUGCCAGUUGAGGUUCAUUAUCGUAAUCUUGAUCCAUGAGCCGCUGAUUACAGUGAGAAAUCUCAUUUCGAGUCACUGAUUCCUCAUUUUGAAUAAUCUUGAUGUUAAUUUCAGUUUAACUCGCGCAUUCUAAGUUUGACAUACCUUGAGCGCUUGUAUCAACUUGUGUUGAAACAUUAUUAGAGCUCCGAGUGUUUCCCUUGAAUAAAUAUAUCAUUAUAAAGACUCAAGAUUCACGAAUUAGAGACGUUUAGAACAAAAUUAUGCAUUUUUUAACUUUCCGCUAAGAAGAUCUAUAUUUUUUUCUCCUCAGCACAAUCUCGAAAUAUAUUGUACAUAAAAUUAAAUUUCUCCUAUUUCUUAUUUCUUAGACCUUUUGAUAUAUCAAUGCAUUUAAAUUUUCUGAUUUUAGGUCUUUAAAAUAGCUAAAGGACAUAAAAUCAAGAACAUUUAGAUGAAUUAAAAUUAAAUUUAUAGCAUAAAUAAAUAAAUAGAGGUAUCUAACCUACCUUAGAGAGAGAGACCUUUUUUUCCGCUGCUGAUCAAUCUCAUGCUGAAUAUGUUUCACCAAAUCUUCUUUCUUUGGAUACUUUUGUUUUGCUGUGUUCCAUAACUUUACCACUUCUUCUUGACAGCAUUUCUUUGUCUUGUAGAUGUGUCUUUUAACGUAAGCAUUAUAAUAUUCUUGAAAACUCAUGUUUAAUCAUUAAAAUAGUAUCAAAAAAGUUGUUAAAUAAAAUAUUUGCGGGCAUCAACAAAGCAGGUUAUAGCACUUGUACUUGCGUCGUUGUUACUCGGCUCUUUACGCUGCGACAUUCAUCGAGUCGAGCGUAUCGAUACGGCUGGUCGAAAGCACAUAAACAAUCGGGGAGCUAUUGUGCUACUUUGCGGAGUUCGGGGUAGUACGACAAACACCAUUGUGUAAAAUUUCGCAUAUAUUUUUAUUCUAGAAAAAUUUCUUACUUCAAUUUAACUUUACUUUCACACAAUUCUACAUGGUUUUCUAUUGAAAAAAAAAAAAUACGUGAUAUUUGUUGAAACCUCCCUCUCCCCAAGUGAGAUCUGGAAAGAUUUAACUUGACCCCCUCCCCCUUUGAACACCUCACGGAACUUAUGGACGCCACCAAAGACCGUGGCAAAUAUUAUUUUCUGACUUUUUUGAUUACCAGUCCAAAAGCUAUUUGUUAAUUGUUGACAGCUACUCUCAUUGGUUGAAAGUUUUUCCUAUCCAAAAUAAAACAGCUUUUUCUAUGAUCAAGCAUUGUAAGGAUUUGUUUUCUAAAUUUGGUGUUCCUGAUAUCUUCUAUGCUGAUAAUGUUCCCUAUAACAGUAUAGAAUUUAGAAAUUUUACUAAAUCAUAGAAUUUUGAUUUGGAAUUUUCUGUCCUUUUUUAUCACCAGUCAAAUAGUUUUGCAGAGAUAUAUGAAUGAAUAUCUCUAAAAACAUGAUUAAAAAAUGUAUAAUGUUUUCGAUGCAUCGAUUUAUAUCGAAUAUCCCUAGUCCUGUCAAGAGAUAGAAAAAAGAAGAAGAUAGCAAAGUGAUAAAAAACAUGGUAGCUUGAAAACCUGAUAAUGAAAGUGCUAAUAAAUAAAACUACUAGUUAAUAAAUAUGUUUUUAAUAAAUCAUAUAAAAAAAGAAAUUGAACAAUAAACAACGAAACAACAUGAAACAGUUGAUUGACUUGUAUGCAAAAUACAGGAAUGAAGUUGGUACUUUCAAAGUAAAAAUGGUUAAAAUUAUGAAGCUGAAGAAAGCCACAGAGUUUAAAAAUAUUAGCAUCCAAAUAACACCAACAUUAUGAAUUAGUGAAAGGUAGUAGAAAGAAGCUUCAGUACAUAUGCGGAUAACCAGAAUGAAACAGGAAACAGCAGAAACAAGUGAUGCGUACUAUUUAUAGUAAUAAUUAAGUUCGGUGGGUGUACAAGAAGAGAAGUUGCCAAUUCGUGAAACUUAUGAGAAUGGGGACUUGGUUGGAAUGCAGUUCAUUAUUAUGAAACCCUAGCAUUAUUGAUACAUGCAUGGCCACAAGAGAAAUAGGGGAAUUGUUGCAAGAACCCAAAAAAACCCAUAUAAAUUGAUGAGUCCUGUUUAUUCACAAACGAUAUACAAUCGAGGACGCAUCACUAGGUGUUUGUGGGAAUUUGUCAAGAAGAUGGGAAAUGUUUUUGUUUGCCGUGCCUUUCAGGAGAAAAAAAGUGUGGCUUUAUAUUAUUGGCCAGUACUUAGAAUCCGGAACUACUUUUAUGUCUGAUGUGUGGAAUUCCAAUACCAAAACUACAAAAGUAGAAGAUGAAUUUUAUACACUUCACUGUUAAUCAGUUCACUGUUAAUACGGAAACUGGAGCACAUACAUAAAGAGCAAAGAGAAGGUUGAAGUAGUAAUUUGAAACUGAUUUACCGACUAAGAUGUUAAAAUGCAAAUAGUAGAAAACAAGAUUAAUCGCAUUGAGUAUUUGCUUUUUGGAUGGAUCGAUAUGACUUGAUAAUCUUACUAAUCUCCUUUUAUUCAAUAUGUAGUAAGAAAGCUUUGUAUAGCUUCAGUACAAAUGUGCGCUCUGAGGUCGAGAGUUGGUUUCCUUCGAUUAAUUUCCUUCCAGACUCCAAAAUACAAGAACAAUGAAAAGGAAUUGACCGGCUGAUUUAAGAAAUGGUUAAAAUGGACUGGAGAAGUCAUUAAAACGAUAGAUAGGAGCAAAAAAUGGAUUCCCUAUGUAAAAAUCAAGUUCAUUUCCUCCAAGGAAACCAAAAAAGAAUUGACCGGUUGGCUUAAGAAAUGGUUAAAAUGGAUUAGAAAAGUCCUUAUCACGAUAGAUGAGAGCAAAAAAUGGAUUCACUAUGUAAAUUUGUACCGUUUGAAGAUGUUUUGGAGGUCUUUCCAAUAUUGAAAUGCUCCAUCUUUUGAAUGUCAACUACAAUUCAUUAAUGGAAACACAAAUAAUAAUGAAAGAAAAUUUGUAGGAUGCCACUUCAAAUUAUUGUAUUCAUUAUUUGACAGGAAAAUGAUUUUUCUAUACUCAUUUGAAGAGUAGUAGUAUAGGAGCUAGUAACGUUUUUGAGAGAGAAUUCCAGGUCAGUUGAUUUUUUGAUAUGUUGAGUAAGAAACUCUUUCGGUUAGAGUCUGGGCUACCUGGCUAGCAGUAGCGUUUGCGUUUGUUAAUGCGUAUCCUACUUGUACAAGUAAUAAUCCUGAAUUUUUUAAUAAUUAUUGAACGCGUAAUUUUUAAAGUUUUGAAUUUAGAUAGGUCUCCCAGACAUACAUUUUUUAUUGCCAGACAUUUUCAGUGUACAAAUUUUUUAUUUCCUAAAAUCAAAAAUUCCAAACAUUUCAGAAUGUCCGUAUUUUUUAUAUUGUAUUCUUUGAAGAUAAAAUAGUCUAAAGAUAAUUUGCCAAAAAAAUUAAAAACUCAUGUAAAGUAUUGCCCUAUGAUGCUAGUAGUCAAAGAGAAAGAGAGUUGUAGAAUAUGAUCAAGAAUGAGACAGAAAAUAAUUUCAAAAUUACGUUACUUACAUUCCUUCUAUUCAGAACAAAUUUAUAUAUAAGAAAUUCAAACAUUGGAACAGAAAUAAAAUUGGAAUAAAAUUCAGUUAGAGAGAAGAAAAUUGAAAAAUGCGUCAUUAACGUUUUAAAAUUUAUUGAAUUUAUUGAAAAUAAAAUUUGAUUUAUAAGGCCUAACUUUACCUUUUCUAAAAAAUGCUGGCGUGUACUUACAUCCAGUAAGCACCUGGAAACAUGGUAUAGCUUUCUAUAAAGAGACACCAAGGAUUCGGUACAGUUCAUUUACGUUGUUGUAUCGCUGAUGAUUGCCUACACCCAUAUUUUUCCAAAUUUUUGAAAGAUGCGUUUAAAUGAUCCAUAUUUCCCAGAAGUAUAAUUUAAAUAUCAGAGUCUGAACAGCAUAUAACAAAUUCUGCGUCUAAAUCAAUUUGACAAAUCGAUGGUUUUCUGACGCAACCUCGUAUCUCAAAAACUACUACUUUUCAGGAAUGACAAAAAACAUUUUAUAAUGAAAUUGAAAAUUUUUUUAAACAAUUUUUUUUAUUAAUUUAAAAAAUAUUCACUCUCUUAAUAAAUUUUUGAGAUAAGUUUAGCAUUUAAAACAUUUAAUCAUUAUUUUUUCUUUUAUUUUCUGAGAUACGUGUUUGCUGCAGAGGAAAAAACGUAACAUACGUGAUUGCGUAGUAAUCUUUACAAAUAUAAGUACAUGGAAAAGUUUUGUUAAUUAUUUUAUUUUGCGAACAAAUUAACUUUUUAAAUCAUUCUUAAUCGAAUAAAAAUGUUAUUGUUUAACUUUUAAAUAAUAAGAGUUCUUAAUUAUUACAAUAUAUUACUCUUUUAAAUCUAGAUAAAUUUGUUGUCUUAAUUCUAGUAUUAGUAUUAAUAUCACAUAGUUUCAUUAAUACUUUUAAUCACUUUCAUUGGCUUUUCGAAUAGAAUUAUAAAAUAAAAUAAUCAUCAAAUAUUAUUUUUUUUCAUUGCCUACAGACAAUACUUGCAGAUUUAAAAAAAUAUCAUUUUUAAUUUUCAUUAUUCACGUAUCUUAAAUUUCCAUAAAAAGAGUGAUAGUCCUUAGGUAUUAAUUGUUUGAGAGAUAAUAAGUCCAUGUAUUUUUGUUUAGUUAAUGGGAUUUCUUUAGAAUAUAAAGCCUUAAUAUCAGUAUUGACAGAAAUUUUUUUGUUCAAACGUUGUGGAAGAUCCUCCCAUUCGUUAUCAAAGGAUAACUUAAACAUUAUCUUGUCUUGACUAUAUUUUAAUCCUCUCAACUGUAAUACUGUUGGUGAACCAGUUUUAUUUCCAGGCCGAAUUGAUUUGUAAAAUUUUAAAUCAGAGUAAUUUUUCAAAAAUUUAUAAUCAAGAUAUUUAACUUUGUACGGUUUUUUCAUCCUAGACUCUUCAAUAAUUUUUACAAAGUUACACGGUGCAUACAAUUCGCGAUCUUUUUUACGUCUUUCUAUUGCUGCAUGAACCGAAUCACAUUCCAUCUGUGUGUGACCUUUAACUAAAUAUUUUUGACAUAUUUCAAUAUUAUUUUUUGCAGCGAAUUGAUAUAAAGCGUUAGCUAUAGUGACAUUGCGGUUCUGGGCACUGCAACCAUCACUGUAAAAUACAAUCGGCGUAUCAAGCUCAACUUCGGUUUGUAAAAAAUCAAGAAGACAAGACGCAAAAACGUUGCCAUCCAUGCCACCUUCACCUUCGUGCCAUACAUAACACAAUACAUCUCCAUUAGCUAUAUUAUACACUGUAAAUUGAUGACACUUUAAUUUCUGUUUCAAGUAAAGAGCACCUGCUGGUAAAUGUGGUAUCAUUUGCACAGCCUGGACAUCUACAGUGAAUGCCUUGAUCUCUCCAGCAAUAGCCUUUGUUUUAUCUUGUUCUUUUUCAUCCCGAGCACGGUCUUUUUCUUUCACAUGAUUAUUGUACUCUUCUAUAGAUAUAUUUUUAUUUUUAAAAGCAAAACAAGUAUCGCAGAAGUCUUUACGCGGUUGAAAAAUGUCAAUAUUCAUAGAUUGCAUUUUUUUAAGUAAAAAUCCAUAGCUAGGCACUUCAUUGUCUGGAAUAUUCAGCUCUUUCAUAGAUUUUGAAAAAUCCCGGUAUACAUCUUGAGCAGACUUGUAUAAAUUAUCUAAAUAUAAUUUUGAAGUAUCUUUUCGGCAGUAGUGUGACUCCAUCUUGGGCAACUUAUUUAAAAAAUUCUCAACAUGUGAUAGCUUUCCUUUGACUUCUGUAGAAUUUUUUCUAGUGUUUUUGAAUUUUGUUUUUUUCAAUAAACCGCAAUCAUCACUUUUCUUUACCCAGUUUAGAACUUGGGAUUCUCCUAAACUCAAUGUACUCAAUAACAUUUUUUUACAUACUAAUAACCUUUGAUUAUUGACCAUCAGAUAAUAUUUAAGAGUGAAAUUCCGCCGAGAGUCCUUUGAAUUUUCUUUCCGAGGAAUAAUUUCUUUGGUAACAAGAGAGAUCACGUAAGACUUCUUUUGGUCCCAACUUAAGUCCUUCCAAAAUGAAUUGAAAAUUUUUUUUCUUGUUUUUUCAGAAAUUUCAUUGCACUUUUUGUUAUGACUAGCAGCACAUUUUUUUGACGUACAUCCUGGUUUUAUUUUUCUUUCAUUUCUUUGAGUUAAUGAACUUUUCUCACUCUUUUUCCUAGUUAUGCUAAAAUAACCCUUACCUUCUUCACGAGCUUUUUUUACUUUAUUUCGUUCCCAGUCUUUAGUUUCGCCUUGAUUCUUACGAGCCCUUUUUUUUGAUAUAAUUCCUGAAUGCUCACUAAGAGUAGUUAUUGAUGGACGAGAUGGACUUACGUCACUAGUUGCACUGUCAGUUUGGUUCAAAACUAAAGAGUUUGAAGAAUUUAACAAUCCACGUGAUGAAUGUGAUUGAUCUGAAUCUACUACAAAUAGUCUAGUAGUUUCAUCUAAGUGCAUAUUUAUAAAUAAACUAGAAUCAACAUUCUCCUCCUCAUCUUCGUCCAUUGGUGUACAUUCCACAGGAACAAAAACUCCAGUAGCUUCAUCAAGUACCAUUUCUACUUCUUGACUGUCACUUGUCGUAUUAUUAUUUAUAUUUUCGGAUGACAUAUUUAACUCUAAAAAAUAUAAAAUUUAGUGUCAUGUGAGAAAUGUGUCAGUAAUAAUAGGUUAGAAUUGAUAAAUAUUGUAUUGUUAAUACUUACUGUGAUAUUUUUCUACAUUCCAAUGAAAAAUGUAUUUAUUAACUAUUGUUUAUUCACCGUCAGUGAUAGUUACAUUAUAUGAGUAGUUAAAUUUUUUUAAAAACAUUUAACUAAAUCACACGACUGAGAGGGAACUUGUUUAUGCGCCAUAUUGUAUUUUAAGAUACGAGAUUGCGCAUGACAUAGUUUUUUGAAUUGAGAUACGAGAUUGUAUUUUUUUAAAUAAAAAAAAAUUGGAUGAAUAUUUUUAUUUAUAACUUUACAGAUCGAUGCGACGAUAUUUACCGAUUAAUUUUCCGUUUAAAUCCCAAAAUCGUUAAAAAUCGAGUUACGAGGUUGCGUCAGAAAACCAUCGAAAUGUGGAAAAUAAUUCUAGAAUCAGCUUCUUCUUGUUUUUCACAUGAUAAUGAUUCUUCAGAAAUUUUAAUAUAACUUUGUUAUUUACAAUUUUUUAAGAAAGACAUUUAUUAGAACUUCCGUAAAUUGUUUUAUUAACAAUAAAAGUUAUAACAUUUCUUCAGUAUCCCAGUGAUUAAUGAAAAAGUUAACAAGGGCUUCUUUGAAUUGGAUAUUUUUGAGUUCUGCUCCAAAAUUAUGUGGCCGAACUUGAUUUGAACCAAUAUAUACUGGACAAGUUGAUUAUUCUCGGCGUGAACGCUCACAAUCUUUGAUAGACGGCAAAAAAUAUUGGUCGAAGAUAAUGUCAAUCCGAAUAGAUUUCUUAUGGAAGAUAGUACUCAGAAAUUUUUUAGAUAUACCGUCAAAUGUACAUCUUUCAUUAGAUGCAACAAAAAGAAAACAUCAAAAGAUGACAUUUGUUGCUCAACAGUGUCUAUGAGCUUAGCUAACUGUGAUGUGUUAGUUUUACAGAUUGAACCAUCCGGAUGGCACAUUGAUGUUGGUAUUGGAGUAAGUGGGAAUGACAAAAUUUUCUCGAUAUAUGAACCUUAUGAGUGAAGGAAAUCCCCAACAUUCUACUGAAUAGAAUCACAACUCAACAAUUUUAUUCCCCAAAUCAAUUUAUUUUCUUUGGCGAUUUAGCAAAAUUAAAGACUUUAGUUUUUUUAUUGGCUUCACAAAUCUACUUUCAUCUUCAACGCAUUCAUUGACAAAUUGGUUCCUUAAAUCAUUAGCAUUUUCUCAUUAUUUAGUAGAAAAUCCGCAACCUCAGGAGAAGCAGGUCUUGAAGUAGCAAUCUUGUACAAAUUCUCCUUAUAUAAUGUUUGAUCAAAUCAAUUUUUUUCGAUUAUUUCAAUGAAAUCAGCAAUUUGUUUUCCAUAGCUUUUUAUUCUAUUGGGUUGUAAUUUUGCUGUAACAUCUUACCUUAAGACAAACAUCCAAGACAUGUGCGUUGACGUGCAGCUAUAAAAUUAGUAAAGUGAGCAAUUCCACUCAGUCAUUUUGCCACAUCGGCAUUUAUAGUUGGUUCUAAAGUGAGAUCUAUUGGUUCUCAUGAGAAUGGCUUAUCAGUUCUCUUGACUCCAAAAUAUCCUUUAUUAAAAUCAUCUUUUAGUCCGGGAUAGGUUUUAAUGACAUUAUUCAAAUUAUCUGAAUAUUUUACUCAAUAUCGAGCGUAAUUAGGUUGAUUAAUCAAUUGAUUCGUGUUGGUGAUAAAUGUUCUGAAUAACAAUUCCCAUCAUCUUAGUUCAAUUCGCUAUGGGAAUUAUUAUCUCUACUACUCCACAGUAUCAUGUCAAGUUUAUUUUCCGUCCAAGGUGUCAAUGUAUCUUAUCAAAAUUGUCAAAGGCAACACCAGGGCACAGUGAGGAAUUUAUAAUGAUGUCUGGCGGACAAACUUGAUACCUUUGUAACGACGCAAUUGUUGCUUCUGUUUCCAAUUCUUCUAGAGUAGUGCAGUUACAGCAAUGUCGUAAUCUAUUUGAAGUAUAUAUUUUUUUUACUGCUUGUUGGACUUUUCAUCGUCGUACCAAGAGUAAUACGUUACCCAAAAAAAUGCAUCAGCAGCAAUGGAGGAACUCAAUCCAUAGUAAUUUUAACCGUUAAACUUUGAGGAAUCGAUCUAAUUUAUCUGGAAUCACAAAUUCGCUAGCAAUUAAAUCGCCAGUUUUAUUUUUUGGUAGUUUUGAUUUUUCAAUUUUUAAAAUAGUUUCUCGCAAGAUUAAUACGACUUUCUCAAUAAGGUCGUUUUCUUUGAGUUUACUAAGAUCAUCUUAUAAUAAACUAGAAUCUUUAACAGGGUCGAGCCUAGGGUAUCCGUCGCCCGGAUGCAAGAAUAAAAUAUGCCGCCUUAUUAGCGUACCUAGUCGACAUUUGAUUAGUGAGGAGAGAUAUGAGGUAAAUUUCUAGUCUAGUAGGAUAGAAAAGUACCUACCUACGCCGGGAAAAUAUUCAUUAGUAAAAAUCGUCUCUAUCUAGCAAAUGUGUCUAGAUCUUAUUGGAGAUAGGAGUAAUUGUCUAAUUCAACUUCUUUCUAUGUGCAUGAUCCUUUUCUCCUUUAGUUUUCCCGUUUCUAGUUUGUGCUCUUGUGAUGGCUAAUAUGUGAGAGUUAUUUAUAUAUAUAUAUAUAUAUAUAUAUAUAUAUAUAUAUAUAUAUAUAUAUAUAUAUAUAUAAAAUGAAUCGCAAAAUGUGUUGGUAAGCGCAUAACUCAACAACGCCUGGACCAAUUUGGCCAAAUCUUUUUUUAAAAUGUUCGUUGAAGUUCAAGGAUGGUUUUUACGGCGAGAAAAAUUAGAAUUAUUGCUGGAAAAACCCUAAAAAUAGCUCUUUUCUUUUUCCCAUACAAAUGAUUUGUAACUAAAACGUAGUCAAUUUGAGCACUCACUGUUGUCUAAGCAAUGUAGGUGUGUUCCUAACGUCAAAAAUCAUAUCUAUCAAAACAAUGUGUGUGUGUGCGUUGGAGCACAGAAUACAUAGUUGGAGGAGUUUAAUGUCGCGUUCCGAAACUCGCGUUUCUUUUGUAUUAGUUUCGGCACGCGAGAUAAAAUGCAGCAGUUUCCACGUCAUUACAUCAGUCAAACAAAAAUCGCGUUAGCAACAGUGUUUUAUUAUUUUUUUGACUUCAAGUCAUAUCAAAUUAAAAAAAAAAAAGUUGUCUGUUACCUAAUCUACUGAGUUUGCUUUUGUCAACUGAUACACGAAACAAAUUCGUAUAUCGUGUUUUUUGCAGAGUGUUUAGUUAGUUAGUGUUUGAUUAGUUCGUGAUUAGUGAAAAAAUAAUGUAUAUUUGAUAUGCCUCCUAUAAGACGAAGCAAUUUAGGUAGAAGAACCAGAAAUGCUACAAACCAAGCUAAUUACCGAUCUAAUCGUACUGCACAAGAACGUGACGACGGAAAUGAACGUGAAAGAAUUCGGAUAUCACAAACGCGUGAAGCGCGAGCGCGACAUUCAACUAAUAAUCGCGCAAGUUUGAAUCGAGCUGCUUUCAGUUACGAUGUGUCAAUUGACUACAGUAACUACCAAUGUGUUGUUAUUGGUUCUAUGAACUCGGUUUGCUCACACUGUAAGGCAUUAAAAUACAAAAACGAAGCCAAUGGAUUGUGUUGCGCAAAUGGUAAAGUGAAAUUGAUACCAUUGGAUCCACCACCAGAACCAUUGUACUCAUUGGUUUCAGGAAUAGGAACAGAUUCUAUACACUUUUUGACACAUAUCCAACAAUAUAACAAUUGCUUUCAAAUGACUUCAUUUGGGGCAACAAAUGUAGUUCGGGAAAAUUUUAUGCCAACUUUCAAGGUAUGUAUUUACUUGAAAAUGACGCUCAUUGGGAUCAAACUCUCAAUGAUGCUGUAAUAUCAUCACACGCUCAUCAAAUACGAACAUUGUUUUCUAUAAUCAUAUCUACAUGCUUCCCAUCAAACCCAAUUGAUUUGUGGAUCAAGUACAAAGAUUAUAUGUGUGAUGAUAUUUUGUAUCAAAUACGGAAUAGAAUGGGAAAUCCAAAUAUACAAAUCAGUGAAGAAAUUUACAAUGAAGCAUUGAUUUCAAUUGAGGACAUGUUUGAUAAUGUCAAACAAACUAUUAAUUCAAUUAGGCCUGACCGCGCCCAAUCGUUCAAUGCAUGACGCUUUUAACCAAGAGUUGCAUCGAGAAAGACUGUAUGAUCUCAACGCUUUGAAAGAAUUAAUUCAAACAAAUCUUCCACUGUUAAAUGAACAACAGAAGUAUGUAUUUGAAACUCUUAUGAAAGUAACAAAUGAUGAAACUGGAGGGAUUUACUUCUUAGAUGUACCUGGUGGUACAGGAAAAACUUUUUUGAUUUCAUUAAUAUUAGCAACAAUUCGCUCACAAAAUAAAAUUGCACUUGCACUCGCUUCGUCGGGAAUCGCAGCAACUUUGCUUGAAGGUGGUCGAACAGCCCAUUCAGCACUAAAAUUGCCAUUAAAUAUGCAAAGCAAUAAAACUCCAACCUGUAACGUUUCGAAGAACUCUGCAAUGGCAAAGGUUUUGCAGCAAUGUAAAUUGAUUGUUUGGGAUGAAUGCACGAUGGCACAUAAAAAAUCUUUGGAGGCUUUAGACAGAACCUUAAAAGAUCUACGGAGCAAUAAUAACCGAUUUGGUGGUGCAAUGAUUUUAUUAGCAGGAGAUUUUCGUCAAACAUUGCCAGUGAUUCCACGAUCAACGCCAGCUGAUGAACUCAAUGCAUGUCUAAAGUCCUCCAAUUUGUGGAAACAUGUCAAAGUACUUCAUUUAAGCAAGAAUAUGCGUGUCGAGUUGCAAAAUGACCAAUCUGGAAACAUAUUCUCUAAACAACUCAUUGACAUUGGUAAUGGCAAAUUACCUAUAGACUUGUUGACUGGCUGCAUUAACUUUCCUCAAAGUUUUUGUCAGUUAACUCAAUCAAAAGAUGAACUUAUUCAGAAGGUGUUUCCAGAUGUUUCUCAAAAUUACAGAAACCAUGAUUGGUUGAGCGAACGAGCUAUACUGGCUGCAAAAAACAUAGAUGUAAAUGAAUUAAAUUUCAAAAUUCAAGAACAAAUUACAGGCGAAUUGAGGAUAUAUAAAUCAGUUGAUUCGGCUACUAAUCAAGAUGAUGUAGUCAACUAUCCACCGGAAUUUUUAAACUCGCUGGAUUUGCCAGGAUUGCCACCUCACAAUCUUCAAUUAAAGAUCGGAUCGGUGGUUAUAAUGUUGCGAAAUAUCAACCAACCGCGUCUUUGCAACGGUACAGGGUUAGCGAUAAAAAAAUUACUAAACAAUGUGAUAGAAGCAACUAUACUCAAAGGAAAGUAUAAAGGAGAAGAUGUUCUCAUACCGCGCAUCCCAAUGAUUCCGACUGAUGUGCCAUUUGAGUUUAAACGACUACAGUUUCCAGUGCGGCUUGCUUUUGCUAUGACUAUAAACAAGUCCCAGGGGCAAUCAUUAAGUGUUUGUGGUAUUAAUCUAGAAAACCCAUGUUUCUCACAUGGUCAAUUGUAUGUUGCCUGUUCCCGUGUUGGAAAACCAUCAGAUUUGUUUAUCUAUGCGCCAGGUAAUCAAACAAAAAACAUCGUAUACCACAAAGCACUACAAUGAUAAUAAUAAUAAUUAUUUAUGAUUCACAUGAUUAAAAAUAAAGCGAUUACUUACUUUUAAAUCCUUAUAUAUGUUUUAUUUAAUUAUUUUUUAUUCACAACGCCCUAUCACCAGGGUGACGGUUCUGUUCAGGAGAAUUUUUUAAAAUUCGUAGGCACAAAAACUUCCACAUUACAAAUCUUUUUGACAGGACGAAGUCUGUCGGGUCAGCUAGUAUAUAUAUAUAUAUAUAUAUAUAUAUAUAUAUAUAUAUAUAUAUAUAUAUAUAUAUAUAUAUAUAUAAACAUAUAUAUAACUUUUAAUUAACUGGAACCGUGUUUUGAUCAUGAAAUUUGAAAACGCAAUAUUCUAAAUUGAACGGUUGCCUAUAAUUAACAUUUUAGGGAUUGGAAUGAGUGUGCAGAAAUUUUGUUGACUGCUACCAAAGGCAAAUUUUACAUGGAAGGGUUUUUUGACAUAAGAUUUUUAGAAAUAUUUCUCAGCAACUGCUGGUGUCACAAAGGAUCUUAUGCUACCAGUAUUAAUUAAAACUUUAAGAUUUUGUUACGGAAAAAUUAUAUAGGGUAACACGCUUUCUGAAUUAUUUAAGUUUAACAAUUCGAUAAUGUUUGGUUUGGUUCCGAGGCUGGUGUCUCUAAAAAAUUAUCGGAUUCAUCAUUAGUGCAAUCAGAAUCGUCUAUAUUAUGGAGUUCUUCCGAGAUGAAGAUUCUAGGUUGAUUAGGAUUGUGUUGGAACCUAUUUUGAUCAUUUUGAGGUUGGGGUCUAGAUGUAUUUCUUGUAGACAUACUCAUUGGAGUUGGAUUUGGAAAUAUUAGGUUCUGAUUGGGUUUAAAGACGUUUUGACCAUUAUUAGAAAAGUUUGUAUUAUUCCUAUUAGAAGGGAUAUAAGAAGUUGAUGGACGAUUUUGCGGGUUUGAUGCGGAAUUUCGAUUAGUAUAUUGAUAAUUCGGCAUAGAAUUUUGCCUAGGAGGUAGCUGCCUAUAUGCCACAUUAUUUUGGACUUCCGUACAAGUAACAUUUGAAAUGGUUGAUUCCUCAAUGUAUUGCUAAUAAUUCUUUUAAUUGAUAAGAGGUACACAUAUCUCUGCAAAAUUUGGAAUGAAACGUCUGUAAUAGUUACAGAAUGCAACGAAUAUUUUUACUUCACUCGCAUUUUUCGGGACUGGAUACUGUUCGAUUACUGAAUAUUUUGCUCUGGGGAGACGCCUUCACUUGAUAAAUUGUGACCUAAAUAGGUGACUUGUCGCCUGAAGAAUUUUUGCGGAUUUAGUCUCAAAUUGUAUUUUCGACAAGCAUCAAAAACUUUUCUAAGAUUGUCUAGGUGACGUUUUUCCGAAAUUCCUAUUACUACUAUGUCAUCCAUAUAGAUAAAUGCUUUUUCUGGAGUUAAACCCGAGAAUGCUAUGGAUAUCAUUCAUGAAAAACUGUUUGGACUAACGUUCAAUCCGAAACUUAGUCUCGUGAACUAUAACGAACCUUUUUCUGUGCUGAAGGAUGUGAAUUUUUUAGAAGUUUUUAAUGUUUCUCGUAUCUAUUUCAACAUUCUCAUAAUUCAUGUUUAAAAUUCAAACAUAUGGAUUUUUACUUGAAAUGAUUGCUCUAGCUAAAAAUACUCCCUGUGCUAUCUCUUGAUGUUCUACUAUUUUUUCUUUUCUUAACCUUUUGAAAUUUUCUGCCAACCUGUAUAUUUCACAUCUAGGUGGUAUAGCUAAUGUGUCAUAUUCUGGGUUUUCGAAAAUUUGGACAGAUACUGGGAUUCUAUUUUUGCUCCUUAUAUGCAAUUGCCAUUGGUCAUAAUCUAAUAUACAAUUAUUGCUGCUAAUAAAAUCUCUACCUAUUAUCCCAUUUGUAGGUAAAGGAAAAUUUUCGUAUGGUACAUGAAAGUUGUGAUAAAAAGUUGUAUUGUUAAUGUAAAGAAUUAUAUUAAUUUUUCCUAAUGUUGUAGCUAAUCCUUGCAUUAUUAUGCCCUUAAUGCUUAUUUUUUGAUUAGUCUGAAUUAAUUGUUGUGGAAAAUUUUGUGAUAUUUCAAUUAAUGAAAUGUCUGCUCCUGUUUCUAAGAUAAAGUUGCAGGUGUUAUCUGAGAUAUUAGUCUGAAUUUCUACAAAAUUUGAAAGUGAUAAGUCAAGCGUAUAAAUUAAAUAAUUAUCUAAAAUCGUGGAUUUAUCAUUUGUUCUACCCUAACUAACUAACCCCAACCGUUGAUUUUCAUUUACGGUUUCACUCUUGAAAACUUGAACUGUAAUUUCUUGACCUGUAAUUUCUUGACCUGUAAUAGUUUUGAUUACUCUCAUAAUACAGUACUUGCUGAUUUGUCAUGUUAUCUACUGAAACCAAUUUCCUAAUUAUUUCUAGUGUCGAUUAGUUACCAGCUGCGAUUAGUGUCUUGGUCGAUUCGGAUGUGACGUUUGUCAUUAUUGAUUUUAUUACGUCGUGUAUUUUUGUGCUAAGUUCUCCGGCAUUCCUUCGGAUAUGUACGCUGUUUGCAGGUUUUCUGUCAACUUUUCAAGUUCUGUGGCGAAACUGUUUAUAUCUUUUCCUGUUUGUUUUAGUUUAUCCAGUUUUGCUAACAGGAGACUGGGAUUAUCUCCUUUGAUUCCACUUUUCAACUUUCGGCUUAUUUCCUCUAACGACGUUUCUGUAGUUAUUAAAUUUCUUGCUUUUCUGUAAGUCUUGUUUUAACAAUUGCUACAGCAUUUGUUUCGUUUCCCUGUAUGUUCAAUUGCAGAAGCUCCAAUGCGUCUAAAAAUGAUUGCAACUUGCUGGCUUCUCCGCUUAAUUCUGUUGGUAAAAUUCUGCUACCUAAAUUAAAAAAAUUCAUUCAUACUCAACGCCAUUUCACCUUGUAUAUUGUUUGUAAUAUUUCACCCUUUAGUUCUUGCAAAAUUGAGUGUGGUAAUGAGAUCUGAUAAUUUAAUAUUUCAAAUAUUCGUGAUAUUUUAUCUUGAAUCUUAUCAAAUUUUUUAUUAUAAGAGCUUACUGAAUUACUAAUUACGUCCCUAUGUAUUUCGAGUUUCUUUAGAACCUCUUUUUUUAAAACUCUUACUUUGUCUAUUUACAUCUUCCACUAUUUCUUUUAGCUUAAUAUCAAAUUCUUCCCAAGUUAAUGACAUUAAUUAAGUUUAGUGUGUCUCGGCUGGCUUUAGUAUAAUCGUACCAUACAUAAAUACAUAAAAUCUAGAUAUAGGAUAUAACCAUGUAACCUUAGUAUAGACAUAAAUAUUAAAAAUUUAAGAAUAUAGACACAAAGAAUAAGAAUAUAUAUAACCAUAAAUUACACGUACAACUUAUCAUACACGAAUUUCGUAGAAGUACUUACAGUUUUUAUACACUUAGGGUUGCGACUGGUGCCUUUAGAUCUCAGGUAUCUUCUGUGUGUUUUCCAGACGGACCAUACCAGUUUCAGGAUUAGAAUGAUCACUAUUACGUACAUUAGCUCUGUCAUUUGAUUCAUUAAUUGUUCGUCCUGGACUAUGAAAUUGUUAUUUACGGCUCCGUUGUCUUGGACUUCUUGUUUUGAUGAUUUGCCUCCCAUUUUGUUUCUUAAUUAAGGAUGUUUUUGCUGAAUCAGUUAGUUUACUUAACAUACAAAAAUCACUGGGUGUUUAUUACGUUAACAUAAUACUUACGGCUAAGCCUUUUGACACUAAAUACAUUUUUCUAUAAUAUACGUAAAACCGGCCUAAUAUACUAAGUCGACGAACUACCAUGUCGAGAAAUCAUGUUUCCAUUAAUACUCUCUCUUUCGUAUGAAGUGUCAGCAAUAUAUAUGUGUUUUCAUGGUUAUUGUGUACUCGACAAGGCUGGUAUUGUUUACCUCUAAUGAAAGUGAACACGAUCUGUAUUUGUUUCUAAACACCGUACUGUUUUUAAAUUCCUUCGAGUUAUUUUAAUAAUUUAAAAUAUAAAUCUUGUUAUGACCUUUUCGAGUCACGUUAGUUCGUUUAAUAAUAAUAUCUAAAUUAUUUUAUGAAAUUGUUAAAUUACUUAUCAAUUAUGUAAUUAAUUAAAAAUAUAUAUAAUCAGAUAUGGAUUCAGUACACUUUGUUUCUGGGUCGUAGAAAUGUACCCAAGUCUCAUCCAUAGUAACAAUUCGGUUUAAGAAGUCUACAUCGUUUUCAAAUCGUGCACAGAUCAAACGCAAUGCUCUACCCUUCCACGCUUCUUGUCAACAUUCAAACAUUUGGAGAUCCAUUUUGCAGCAAUUUUUCUCAUGUCUAAAUUGACGUAAACUAUAUAAUGAACGCGUUCGUAUGGAAUAUUCAGUGCUGCAGAUAUCCGUUUUAGCCCAAUUCAACGAUCUGAUAAAAUCAUGUCAUGAACUACAUUGAUAUUUUCGGGGAUUGACACAGAAACUGGCCUUCCCGAUCGGUCAUUAUCUUCAAAAGAAAAUUUACCUGUUUUGAAGCUUGCAGUCCAAUUUUUCACGGUCGCAUACGAACGACAUUGAUUACCAAGAGUAUUAAGCAUAUCUUCGUAAAUUUGCUUACCUCUUAACCCUUUUAAUUAAUAAUUGGAUUAAUACCCAAAUUUUAUUUUUUGGAGACCAUUAUGUUUGCCAUUCAUAUUGGCACCGUUAUCCUGACCUCUCAUGUCGGCAAUAUUAAUAUCCAUUUCUUUCAAAUAAUUCUAUAAAAAAUCAGAUAAUCCCUAGUAGUAUUUGUAACUGGGCAAAAUCCUAAAAAAUGUUCUCCAAUUUCUAUACUUUUUGAAUUGUCAUUAAUGAAAACGAAUCUAACAAUAAUUGUUAUCUGGUGGCUGAUAUCAGGUGUACAAUCAAGAGUAAUUGAAAAAUAUUUACAAUAUUUUAAGGUUUCAAUAAUAGUUCUCUUUACUUCUCCUAUCAGGAAACUUAAUUCAUUUUGUAUUUUAUUGUCCAAAUAGUGUGGCAUUUUUUUGCUAUCUUUUUGAACCUUAUCAAUAUGGUUCGGCCAUUACGUUAUCAAAUGUUGCAAUUGUCUGUUGCAAUUGUCUCCAUAAGUUUAAAAAAAUUGCCGUUACCUUUUUUGAAAAGUAUUCGAGUGUCCAUCUUUUAUUUUCCAGUUGAAUUAAAUUUUGAUUAAAAGAGUCGACAGUAAAACUUUUCUCAAUUGAUUUCUUCAAAGUAACCCAUUUUCUAACACUCUCAAAAUGCCUUUACUUGUUUCAUGCCUUUCUAAAUUCCGAGACAAAUGUUGCCAGUCAUAUACCUGCGGCCAACAGGCUGGAUCAUUUAAUAAUUUCUUAUUUACCUUAAGAAUAUCUUCACUAACUUCAGUUUGUGUAUUAUUAAAUAUUGAACAUGCUCCUGGACACAAAAAACUUUUUUAAUGAUCCAGCUAAUCGUUUUUUGUCUCUUUUUCUAACUUCCUUUUUCGGUAUUGUGAAUCAAAAAGUUUCUUUCGACCAUCAGACAACUAAAUAAUUGAACUAUGAUUAAAAAUUUUGGCAAAUUGUCUAAUAUAAAAUAAUUAAAACCUACCGUUCAGUCCGUUCACAAUCACUGAAUAAAAAUAAAUCAAAUUAGACACUGAUCUUUUUCCCUAAUUCGUAAUAUCGCAAUCUUUACUCUUUGCUCUUUAGUUUUCAACUAAUCAACUUAAAUUAAAAAAGUUAAAAAUAGGCUACGCAAACUUAGAUAAACACGAAAACACGGCAUUAGAAAAAUUAAAAAAUCCCACAUUCUCAAAGUCGGCAAAGAGUCUAAGAGUCAAAAGCCAAAAGAAAAGCCGCGAUCCCUUUAUUCAAGUAAUCUUCUAAUAUAUUCUGUCAUUUUUGUGGCAAGUGACUUAUUCUUUAUUAUUACCUAUUUAUUAUCUUUCUUACGCCGCCCGAUUCGCCCGAACGCUCAACUCACUAUUUUGGUAUUGUUGUAAUAAUAUGAAAACAAUAUUUCGGAGAAAUGCCGCUACCAAAGAAAGACACUUCACGCUUUGCGACUAAAUAUUGCAUGAUAGGGUUCCGUUAUUUUUUUUUAGACACAUUUUGCCUUUUGCCGCCCCGUGUCAGUGCCGUCCGGGUGCCAUGCACCCCCGGCACGACCCUGAUCUUUGGGAAUAAUAUUGCUUUCUUUUGCCUGAAUAUUACCUUAAUAUUAUUUUCUUAAAAUAUUUUUGAAUUUUUUUCUCGAGAAAAUUAUUAGUUAUUAAACUAAUUUCAGUCUCAGGCUGAAGUUUCUGCUCAUAGUUCUAUAUAUCACAUAGAGAUGACAACAAUACACAAUUUUUUUAAAAACUUCCUAUUUCAAAUUUUUUUUAUUGAUAUUACGAUUUUUUUGUUAAGAAGUAUGUGGAAUGUCUGAAACUAUUUUAUUAUACUACUUUGAAUAAUUUAAUUCACACAAAUGAUGAAUAUUUUUUUAUUUGCGGGUUCAAAAUGAGUAAUUUUCUGUAACAACUCUUCAUUAUUGAGUUUCUCCAUUCACUCAAUGAUUUUUUGGAAAAGUUUUCUAUCAUUAGACGAAUGAAAAAUUUGUUGUUUACCUUUAUUCUGUUUACGAUCUUUAUUGCAGUAAAAACAAACAUUAAGUCGUGGAACUUCAAUGUUAUGUCAGAAAUAUCAUGAAAAACAUUAGUUUCGUUGAUACUUAAAUCACAAGUCGAGCUGAUAGCAACAUCUAAUGUUGACUGACUAUCUAAACUUGGAGCAACAUCUUCUGAAAAUACCGCACUGUUGAAACAAUAAUUAGGAUGUCUUUCGCAAUAGUUCUACUAAUAUCUACUGGAAUACUCGAUAAUAAAACGUGCGGACAAAAAUAUAAUUUUUGAAACGUUAAUGACGCAAAAAAUGUGUGUCUGUGAGACCUAUCUAAAGACAAAAAUUUUAAAAUUACGCGUUCAAUAAUUAUUUAAAAAUUCAGUCUUAUUAUCUAAACAGGUAGGAUGAGUAUUAAUAAACGCUACCGCCAGCCAGGUAGCCCAAACACCAACUGAAAGAGCAAGAAGGACGACACAUAAAAUCAGCUGACCUAAAUUUCUUGUUUUCUAAACGUUGUCAGCUUCCAUAAUAUAGAAAAACUAUUGUUGAUUUUGUUAUUUGUUCCAAUCGUUCGCGUGUCUUUCGUCAAUUAUUAAGGUAAGACUACAUGAAGGAACAGAAGUAUAAAUAAUAGAGUAUAACAGAAGCAGCAGCAGUAGCAAGCACAUUUGUGAUAAAUUGUAACUUAACCUAACCUAACCUAACAAAACCAAAAAUUUUGAAUUAUAGCAUUGUGUAAACAUUAUAUAAUGACUUUGUCAUAGAUCUAGUACUUUCAUUUUGUUGAUAGACUACAAAAUGGCAGCUGAAAAGGCGAGAAACGAUUGAACCUAACCACAAUUGAAAUGUGUUAUUGAUGAAUCAGUUAUAUAUGUAAUACCGUUGGUAUAGGAAAAAACGUCCCUACGUUACGGUGCCGACAAUAUUAAUCGACACACUUUAUCUAUACUGCACAUGCUUCAUGCACGCAAAAGAUGCGCAGAACUAACUGAAGCUCCCCGAGAGAGAACGUUACACUAUUUGUUUCACUUCAAAGUAAUCCUUUUAGAAGAAUUAUCGUUGCUCUAGGCAUUAACUUGAAAUUUAUAAGUUAAUAGAUGAUUCGCUACACUUGAUUACACCUAUUAUUUUUCUCACAAUUCUAGCUCGUUAGUAAAUCACAAAAAAUAGAAGUAGCAAAAGAGUCUACGGAAUUCAAGUAUCACAAUCAUCAGUGAGAAAUUGUAUUAGAAUAGUAACGAAAUACAAAACAAAGUCAGAAGGAAAUCAAAAUAUUCCUCUGUCAAUCUACUGAACAAUAUCUAUUUUUCUGAUUCAAUUUUAACAUGAUCUACCAUGGAAAAAUCAUCGCUGCUCUACGCAUUAAUUUGAAAUUUGAAAAUUAAUAGAUGAUUUUCCGUUAACUUCAAUAAAACAUGUAGUUAAAGUAUCUUGCCUUGUAUAAUAAAUCCUUCUAAUAUUUCAAGCUUCUAGAAAUCAGUGUAGUAUCGUAGUGUGGGAUCGUAAGGACUUUUUUCAUAUUCGAAUGCUAAUAAUUUUUGGAAUAAAUCUAUUUGUGUGGUCUUAGUUUUUCUCAUAUUUGACCAGAAAACGAAUAUCUUAUUCUUUCAAACGAAGGUUUCAACAAAAUAGUUUUGUCUUUUUGGGUAAUAGCACAAUUUUCUAUGCCAGGAAAAGUAUCGAAAUGUUUUUAUUUUGAAACUGUCGAACUCUAAUUCCAUAAUUUGUUAGAUGUAUCCCUUUAAGAUUUUUUGGAAACUAUUCGGUUUAAUACGAUCAUGAUGUCGGUCGUAAUCAUAUGAUAGGAUCCUACUAAAUGAAAAUUUAAAGUUCUUGUAAAAAAUGCUUUAAAUUUGAAAUUUCCACCAAAUAUUGGACCCGCCCGCCUUUCAAAUACUGUCAUCAAAAUCUGGUUCUAGGUUAGGUUCCACAAUCAGCCGAUAAAUGAUCUAUCUGCUCUCAAAUAAUAAUAGUGUCCGAGAAGCUCUUUUAAUGAUUUGACUUACCUGGAAUUCCAUAAGCUAAUUCAACAAGCAGAGAUUAAUCAAUUUCUAAAUGAUCAGAAAGUCUUUCAGGAGUGUGUUCUAAAUAUGGAAACGUUUCGAGACCAUAUUUCUUAUUGAAACUUUCUCGGAGGUCUCAAUUUCAAAAUCAGAUGUUACCUCCUUUUAUUUCUGAUAUUUCCGUUUCGUUUAGUUAAAAACUCUUUCUUAAUGAUAUUUGAUAUACAGCUCGCGUGUCUUUCAAAAUCUCACAAUUUUCUUACGUGUCAUACUUUUAUCGUUUUAUUCUUAACUUGUUCCUGAGAAAUGCGUUAAAGAAAUUACUGUGCCAACGCUUGUGUUGGCGUCACAGAGCUGGCAGUGUGCCCAAGGUUCAGUCGAUGCUAAAAAAUUGCUUACGUCAUUAAAAUAUAAGAAAAUGGCAUUUUCGUCAUUGUUAUUUUGUUUUUUGUUUUUGAUUAUUUUCAGCAUUCCUUUUGAGACCAGGAACAUUAGAAUUGGAUGUUUUCUCUGGCUUCUUCAAAUUUUCCAGAUCUUUUAUAAAGAGUUGAGGUUAGGUUAGGUGCUUUUCUUCCUCUAUUAGAUCUCCUUACUGCGAGAAAGUUUGGAAGUUGAUUGUACAGUUUGAAUAUUUGUAUCUUGUCUGGGUAUUGAAGACUAUGAAGGCUAUUUAGUGCACGUUUAAGACGAUAAACAUGGCAGAGGACGACAGCUGCAGAUUCUAUAGCAAGCUAUAGAGACGGUAGAAUAUUUUGCGAAGGUCCUGCUUCCUAAUAAUCUAAAUCUCAGCAUGGAAAUUUCAGUUGAAGACAUACAAUUAUAAGUUGUUUUUAAAUUGACUAUAAAGCAUCCCACAAGUUGGAGAUUUGCAUUUUUUUAUUCAAUCUCUUUACAGCUAUUUCACUUAUUUGUUCUUUCAAAUUAGCUCAACAACAUUACGAGGGUUGCUACUUAAGUUUUGAGAUAUGGCAUCACUCCAUUCGUGUACAUUCAAUAUUGCAUGAAUAUUUAUAGGAUCGUGAAAAGCGUCGAAUCAGGGAUCUAUGCAUAUGAUUCAGAAACUAAACAAUAAUUGAUUGUAUGAGUCUUUCAAGACGAACCAAAUCCAACAAAAGUUGGAACCCAAUGAUUUAUUCUUAUUUUCGCAGAUAAAAAAUAAAUUGGGAGGUCAACGUUCUUCUAGACCUGAAGAAGCGGUUGAUGCGUUUUUUGAGGUUAUCAGUGAUCGAGACCGUGUAAUCAUCCGUGUCCUGUCAAACCAUGAUAUUUGCUUCCCAUUGUCAACAAGAAAUUUCCCUCGAACAGUUUUUCUUUCUUGUAUAGAAACUGCGGUUUCUUUUGGGGGCCUUUUUAGGCAAGGCGCUAAUUCGGAGACACGUAUAGGACGUGUGAGGUAGCUUGACACGAAAGACAUGCUACACGUGCUGAGUGGUGGGAGUUUGGAUUUGAUUGACAGUCGCGACAUUUGACAAUCGUACAAAACAUUUAUAUCUAUAUCACCUAAUAAAUUUAUUCUAUCGAAGAAGAAAUAAACAGUGGACAAUUCAGUUUCGUCUUUAUAUAUUCUCGAUUUUUUGUAUCGUGAAGCUCUCCGUAUUCCCUUACCGCCUCUAGUAACUUUUCUUCUGUCAUUUUGUGAGCUCGUCAAUGUAUUCAAUUUUGUAGAUUACAAAAUUACGUGCUCUGCGUUACCUCAAACGUGCUAUACGUCUCCCAAUUUGCCUCUGGUUAGGUACAUUUUCGGUAGACAGUUGAUCGGACGAUGUACUAGGUAUGUCAACAGGAUUAGCACUUAUGUUUCUUGACACUUUGUCUUUUGUCUAUACAGGAGAAUAAGAUGAAUCAGAAGACUCAGAAUAACUUGUGCUUGCCUUGUAACUUUCCGACGAUUAUUCAAACGGCUCUUCAUCUGAUAAAAUAUCGUCCAUCAUUACUUGUAAACGUAACUGUUCAUUCUCAUAAUCACCCAUCUCACUAAUAUCACUAUCUAUUUACUUUUUUACACAAUUGAAGUUAUCUUCGUGAAUGACCAAGAUAAACUAAGCAAUUAGACGACGUAAAUUUUAUAACACGCAUUUAAGUCUUGUAGGUCUAUUCCUGAUCACUGCGAAACACGGAUGCAUCGCGUGACGCCAGCAUGGAAAUGUUGUCUUUAGGGCCGCACGAUGCACACUUGCUUCGCACUUAAAAAAUGAACUUACAGACCAAAUAAAAUCCUAUUAUGGAAUUCCAUAGCCUGGUAAUUAGGUUUAUGAAGGUUUAAAACAAAAAAAGCUCCGGGUUAUUCUUUUUGGGUAUCGGUAUGAACACUGAUUUCAGUCAUUCCUAUGGUAUAUUUCCUUGUUGGUAGAUAUUAUUUAGUCUCUUAGUGAAGUUUUUCAUGUUCGAUCCAUCUAAUGCUUCUAAUAGUUCAAUUGGUAUUCCAUCCAACCCUAGUGCUUUUCCAUUUUUGCUAUUUGUUAGUGCAUUUCUGACAUCUGAUUCUAAAAUAUCAAGACAUUCGUCAGAAAUUGGUAGAUCUAUGUCUUGUGGUCUUCUGUCCCGAAAGAGCUGUAGAAUAUAUUCUUUCCAACACCUUUUUAUAUGUUCUUCUAACUGGAUCCUUUGUUGGCUAAUCCUUGUUAUGCAUGGUAUUCUUUUCUUUGUGUUACCGGUUAAUUCUAGUAGAUGAGCAACGUAUGUCUGACUACAGAAAUAGGGAGUGUGUUAGAGAGAGAGCAGCGAGACAAUGUGUAAGAGAGAGAGAGAGAGACUUCGUUUUUGCGCAUGCGUAAAGUUAUAUAUUCGUUGCGAUUAUAACAGGUCGGUUAAAAGUCUUUGGGUUUUAAAAAUUAUAUAUACCAUUAUUAUUCGCUAAUCUUGUAACAUAAAAGUAUAACGUAUAAAUAAAAAGAGAUUUUUGUCAAUGUAAGGUAUCACGCACGUAAUCGAGACAGAUUCGUUGCGAUGAUAACAGCGGGAGCGCUGAUAUACCAGGUCGGUUAAAAGUCUUUGGGUUUUAAAAAAUUAUAUAUACCAUUAUUAUUCGCUAAUCUUGUAACAUAAAAGUAUAACGUAUAAAUAAAAAGAGAUUUUUUGUCAAUGUAAGGUAUCACGCACGUAAUCGAGACAGAUUCGUUGCGAUGAUAACAGCGGGAGCGCUAAUCUUGUAAUAUAAAAAUCUGCGGUUAACUGAUAGCGUCUUAUUACUGAAAUACAGUUAAAAGUAACGUAUACCGGGUGACUUAAAAGUAACAUAAAAAAAACAAUAAGAAUAAUAAUUAUUUAUUUAAAUCAUUGAUAACUUUAACUUUAUAAAAGUAUACAAAUUCUCUAAGAGCAUUGUGUAACAUAUCGUUUGGUGUAAUAGAACAAAAUGCGUAUAAAAUUUGUAAAGGACUUUCGGAGAAGGUAUUUUUACAGAAAUCCAAAACAUUAUAAUAAUAUUCACAAAAAUUCAAAUUUUCUAACACAGAUAUACGUUGUAUAAUUAAAUUAUUUAAUUCUAAAAUUUGCGAUACUUCUUCUUCAUCCAUGUAAUACUAAACACCAUGUUUCUUGACUAAAAUUACCUUACUGUCAUCGUAAUUCAAUGGGGUGAUGGUACAGUAAUCUCCACAUGGUAAUGAAUCAGGUUUGAACUCGUCUCCGGUAUGAAAGAUCUGUUGUGACAUUGAGAUAAAGGUAUUCCAUUCAUAAGUACUGAAAGAUAUUUUGCUGAACUUAAGAUGUUGAGAUAAGAUAACAGCAGGUGUGAAUGAUCUUGCAGGACUUAUUCCACAUUUUACUUCAUACCCCGAAAUUGGAUACUGUGUUGAAAGCAGGUAAAUGUUUUCAGACUUGACAGCAGUCUCAUAGUUUUCCAAUAUUCUAUCUAACUCUGAACUGUAGUUACUCGAAUCAGAUUCGAUGUCGACAAUACCACUAUCUUGGGAACUCAUGUUGCUAACUGGGUUUGAUAUCCAAAGCUCACUCCAAUUUAUAGAGCUCUUUCAAGGUUUUUAGCGCGGCGAACCGGGGGAAAAAAAAAUCUAUACAAUAUCAAUAUUUUCUAUCCAACUGUUGUGUUUGCUAUCCAAACCAAGCCACUUGACGUACAUUUUGUUACCCUUUCUUCUGAGCACCUUUUCAACUAAGUAAAUGUCUGGAUUCGAUGUUUUCUGUAGUUCUUCAUGAUAGAAGCAGCCGCUGAUUGGUGUACCUUGCAUGUCUUCAAGUAAAUACGUAGCAGGAUUGGUAAUUUUAACUUUGGUGAUUUUGAAUAGUUCUGUAGUCCAAUUGGGUGUAUAUCCUUUUUCAAAGACAUGCUUUGCCUUGGAUAUGCGCACAAUGUCGCCAACUUUAAAUUUUCGUGGACCGGCUAUCUUUAAAUGACUAUAGGUGUUAUUCAAAAUAGAUUUUUCGUUGGAUUUGUUGACUUGAGAAGGUUUAUAUUUUGAUGUGGAAUGUUUUGUAUUGUUAUAGUUUUGAGUUAUUUCAGGCAGAAUAUCAAUCCAUUUGUAGGUGUCAUUUAAACUGAAAUACUUGUAGAGUUUCGAUUUUAGCGUUCUUAUAACUCGCUCUGCCAUAGAGGCUUUCAUUGUACUAAAUACGCUAUAAUGAUUUAUGUUGUGUUUUCUCAUUAAAUUUUGAAAUUUGCUGUUGUAAAAUUCCUUUCCCUGAUCAGAUUGCAGAUUUUUCGGUAUUCGUCUAGUGUGAGCGAGAAUGUCCGAGAAUGCCCGAGUAAUCUCCUCUCCGGUCUUCGUUUUUAGUAGGCGUGUCCACACUAACUUUGAAAAACAAUCAAUGACGACCAGUAUCAUUUUAUGAUUCCUAUUUUGUGAUGCAAAAUUCCUCAUCUCCGCAAGAUCCAUUUGCCAAAGAUCGACAAGACCCUUAAUAAUAGUGCGUCUCCGAGGAAAUUUUUUCCGUAUCGGUUUGUGGAGUUCGUUUACAAGAUGAAUUUUUUCUUUACAUACAUAUUAUGACGUACUACCAGCUAGCUUCAGCUCCAGACUGUUAAUGCGGUUAACGGUAUUCGUAUUCAUAACCUUAAUAUUGUUUACAAUGCCCGAAACGUUAGUUUUCAUAUCAGAGACGGAUCUGAUAUUUUCUGUAAUUUCUUUUUGUAACUCACGUAUGCUCUCAACACACAUGUUAAUAGAAGCAGUGAAUUCUUUUCGAAUAAAUAUUUUGGCUGCAACAAUUGAAUUGUCAACGUAUUUCUUCGUAGCCACAUCCUUAGCUGCUACAGGGGGAUUUCGCGAAAUAAAUGUAUCAAUUUCGUUAGUUUUAUUUUGUAAGUUAGUAAUGUGCGCCUGUAAUAUGGGGAUCUUCGUCUUAUGAAGCUCAUUUCUCAUUUCGUUCAAUCCUACAGCUAAAUCCUUUAUAUCACGGUCUUGUUGCUGCAGCUCCACACCAUGUGCUUGAAUUAAUGGCGAGUUGAUAGCACGUAGGUCAUUCAACUGGACAUCAACAUAUUUUUUUUGUUGCAGAAUCACUAUUUGUUGUCGGUUCCUUAACAUUACAAAUUUUCAUAUUUUCAAUAUCAAUAUUACCGUCCUGUGUAUGAGGAAACGUAAUUUUCACUGGUAAACGCGCGUAGGGCGUUUGAUGUCUAUGUCCGAAUUUAUCGACUGGCAUAAUUAAAAUGAACAAGUUUCAACUUAUUCUAUUAUAUCAGCCUCCUUGAGUUCAUUGAUAAUUGCUACUAUUUCGUUGUCGUGUGACGUGUUACCUGCCUCUUUUGAAGCAAUCAACAACUUCAAACGUUCCACCAAUUCAUUCGCAUCAUCCCAAUAAAUAUACUCCAUAGGUUUAUCAUUAUAUCUUAAACGAUCGAUGCCUUUUCCUUUUGCUGAAGGAAUCGAUUUUAGACGAGUCAAUACCUGCGACGAUCUAUUCGUCGUCGUUAGAGAUUUUGUUUUGAAUAAAGGUUUUAUGAUGUAGUGAUAUUUUUCAGUACUUGACUCCUUAAGACGAUCUAACGUGUCUAAAUGAACUUCAGUUGUUGUCAAAAGAUUUUUAUAGUUCUGUAAAUCUUGAUCAUUAUAACUGGGGUCUCGGUAAAAUAGAAGCUCAUACAAGCCUGGUGUUCCAAUUACAUAUCUUCCUCCUUUGUUUUUCUCAGGUAGUAUGUUUAUAUUACCGGUUUUUCCAUCAAAUGCAAUUCGACGUUUGCCUAAUGACCAACCGAUUUCAUCGUUGUAUAUCGGACCAUAAUUUUUAUCAAUUUUAUCAUCUUUUUGGAAGUAAUCUUCAAUGAACUGAUGACUGAUGGCUGGAUAUUGGUCCAAAUAGUCUGCGAAAGCUUCCUGGGAAAUUUCGGGGCGCAUCUCUUCUGGAGAUUCAGAACGUGUAAUAUUUCCGGAUUCAUCGGUUUCGGCCACCGGUUCCGUUUCGAGAAAAGGUGUAAACACAUCAUCAGGUUCUUCCUUCUUUAUUUCCUCUUUUGGAUUUAAAUUUGUAAUCGUUUUUUGUAAUGUCUUUGAGGAUUGCACAAUUUCUUCAAGUGGUUUAGAUAUCGGCUUGAAUAGUUUAUUAAUAGACUCAUCUUGCUCUGAUUUACCUAAUUUCAACGACAAGUAUUUUUUCGGUUCGGACACUUUUUUCUUGCGCAAUGCAUUAGCAACCUUAUCGUCAGACAUUUUGGUAUGGACUAAAGAUGCAGCUUACAAUUUUAUAUAUUUAUCGAAUCCUUUGCGAUACCUACCACCAUUAAGGGUAAAAUCCUUCAUAAUUACCAAAGUACUAUAGCGAUCACACCAACACUUUGAACACACAUUUUUGAAUGUGUCAAACGUCAUGUCUGGAGAUACGUGUUCGUCGAAUAUAUGUUUCAAGUUCACCUCAUCCUGCUUGAAUAACACAAUAACAUUACAAUUGUCGCGAAUAAGCUGUUUCGGUAUUUUUGAGUAUGUUUGACAAAGAUAUGCAGCAUCAAUAUCUUUAUGUCCACACAUGGAGUAGUAUUCACGAAUUUUCUGCUGACCGUCACAGGCUACGUCAUCGAAUAAAAAGAUGGAAUUUGGUCGAGCUUUCUCUGGACUAAUUAUUUCCUCAUUGUCUUUAAAUGGGAAAUACCCAACACCCUUGACUUGCGCUAUAACUUCUUGUAGCAAUUGAUACUUUGGUUGAAAUAACGAUUUUGAAUAGACAUAAACAUUUUUGAAUUUCGCGCCAUUUGGAUUGAAUAGGAGCGCCAGCACGACGUUCGUCUUACCACACCCACUGGGGCCACAUAUAAUGGCACGGAAAGAAUUUGGCAACAAUUUACCAUGUUUGCCAACAGUUGGUGUUGAGGUGAAAUCCAGAUUUUCAAUGGGUAUAGUCUGCUCUUGUUGAAUUAUUUUCAUUGUGUGUGUCGUUUUUCGUAGUACUACUCUUUAAAUAUAGGUGUCACCAAUUAAGCGUGUCAGUCUUAAUGUUGGUGUUUGAAGGAGAGGGUAUUUUGAAUUCUCUCAUCAAUAAACUACCUAUUGAACUUCACUUACCUAGCUAUCAGUACUGUGGACGUAAGUAAACCACCCCAACACCCUUUUUCCGAAAAAAUUUUUUUUUUUAGCUGGUACAAAAUUGGAAAAACGUCUUGAUCGUGGAGAUCCGGGCAUCAACCCCUUGGACGCUGCUUGUAAACAACACGAUAUUUCUUACUGGAAGAAUAAGUCUCUCGAAGAACGACACAAAGCCGAUCAGAUACUUGAAGAUAAAGCUUGGGCACGCGUCAAAUCAAAAGACGCUUCACUGGGAGAGAAAGCUGCUGCAUUACUUGUAACAGGCGGAAUGAAGGUGAAAAGAAAGCUGGGAAUGGGUUGUCGUCGCAAACGUCGUUCCUUGCAUCGAGAUGUUAUUCUGAAAGUGGGAAAGUCAUUGAAGAGAGGAACAUCUUUGAAAGACACCGCAACGUUUGCCUUACGAGCAGCCAAAGCACUUAUUAAAGAAUUUGGUGGCAAAAAAGAAGUCGAGGUUCCUCGAGUAAUACCUGUAGCGAAAUCCGGAGACUACAUUUACGUUCGAGGACAACAAAAAGUCGAGUUUCUGCAAAAGAAAUGUCACAUUUUCGGUAUUUUUCCACAUAUUAUUGACGUUUGCAAAUUUGAUGGUACACCCUGUGAAACUGGAAACUUUGCUCAAGAUCCAAACCCCUGUCACGCAUCUGGACUAUUUUCAUGUACUGAAAGAAA